UGCUUGCUUUAACCCUUCUCUCUCUCGCUCGAUGUUCUCUCGUUUCCAUCUCUCUUGCUCUCUCUCUCUAACGCCAACUACUACAGAGCCCGAAGACAAAAAUAUCGAGCUCCCUCCAACAAAUCUAAAUUCCUCCUCUCAUGCCUUCACUGUUGUUUAUCUCUCUAUACACUCAAACCCAUACAUAUAUAUACCUUUCUCUCUCUUGAAUUCUUCCAACUCUGUCGAUCCCAUUCGUUAGAUUCACAACCAGGAAAGCUCGACGUUGUGUUUCCCACCGAAGUGGAUUAUGGGUUAUUGUGGCUCAGGGUUUUGGAACCGCGGAGGUCAAUUUCGGGUUUCUGGUGAUUGUCCCUCCGGUUAACUUCUUCAUAGCAUUUGAAAGGAAAUAUGGCGCUUCGGAAAUAUGUUCCUUCUUGUGAUGCACCUUCUGUGAAUAUGAAACCGUUGAGUUUUUCUAAGAAGGAAAAUGAGAAAGCUAGGCUUACAAGUCCAGAUGCAGAGACUGAUGUAGAUAUUGACCUGAGAGAGGUUUAUUUUCUGAUUAUGCAUUUCCUAUCAGCUGGGCCUUGUCACAGGACUUAUGGACAGUUUUGGAAUGAGCUUUUGGAACAUCAACUUUUACCUAGAAGGUAUCAUGCUUGGUAUUCCAGGAGUGGAGUGCAUAGCGGGGAUGAAAAUGAUGAUGGCCUGUCUUUUCCAUUAAGUUACAAUAAGUUGGUGGAGAGGUAUCCUCAUGUUGAAAAGGAUCAUUUGGUAAAGCUUCUGAAGCAACUGAUAUUGAAUGUGUCUACUCCGUCUGGAUGCAUGGUUGGUGGGGGUACUUUUGGUGCUGCUUCCGUUCCUACUCUUGUGGGAACUGGUUCUUUUUCGCUUCUAAGCCAUGAUCAAAAUAAGGUAAACAAUGGAACAAAACCACCCCCGACUUUCCUGCGUUGGCCCCACAUGCAAGCUGAUCAGGUGCGCGGCCUGAGUUUGAGGGAAAUUGGUGGUGGUUUCACAAGACACCAUCGUGCACCAUCCAUUCGUGCAGCAUGUUAUGCCAUUGCAAAACCCUCUACUAUGGUGCAGAAGAUGCAAAAUAUUAAAAGGACUAGAGGGCACCUAAAUUCUGUCUAUUGUGCCAUAUUUGAUCGAUCAGGGAGAUACGUUAUUACUGGCUCAGAUGAUCGCCUAGUAAAAAUCUGGUCAAUGGAAACUGCUUAUUGUUUGGCCAGCUGUCGUGGACAUGAAGGUGAUAUUACUGACUUGGCUGUAAGCUCUAACAACACUUUGGUGGCUUCUGCGUCAAAUGACUACAUCAUCCGAGUUUGGCGUUUACCCGAUGGGCUGCCAAUUUCAGUUUUGCGUGGUCAUACUGGAGCUGUUACUGCCAUUGCAUUUAGUCCUAGACCAAACUCUGCAUACCAGCUUCUAUCGUCGUCGGAUGAUGGAACAUGUAGGAUUUGGGAUGCCAGAUACUCUCAGUUCACUCCACGUAUAUAUGUUCCUAGGCCUCUUGAUUCUAUAGCUGGUGCAGCAAAGAACAAUGGUCCAUCUUCUAGUGCUAGUCAACGGAGCCAUCAGAUUUUUUGUUGCGCAUUCAAUGCUAAUGGAACUGUCUUUGUCACUGGUAGCUCAGAUACUCUUGCAAGGGUCUGGAGUGCUUAUAAAUCAAACACAGAUGAGUCAGAGCCGAAUCAUGAGAUUGAUAUUUUAGUCGGGCAUGAGAAUGAUGUCAAUUAUGUGCAAUUCAGUGGCUGCAAUGUGGCGUCUAGAUUCUCUAUGGUCGACACAUUGAAGGAAGAGAAUAUUCCGAAAUUUAAAAACACUUGGUUUAACCAUGAUAAUAUAGUUACCUGUUCUCGCGAUGGUAGUGCAAUCAUUUGGAUUCCAAAGUCACGUAGAUCACAUGGGAAGGUUGGACGGUGGACACGUGCAUAUCAUUUGAAAGUUCCACCACCGCCAAUGCCUCCUCAACCUCCACGAGGUGGUCCACGCCAGAGGAUUCUUCCAACUCCUCGCGGUGUGAAUAUGAUUGUGUGGAGUUUAGACAAUCGUUUUGUCCUUGCUGCUAUCAUGGAUUGCAGAAUCUGUGUCUGGAAUGCUGUUGAUGGUAGUUUGGUUCAUUCUUUGACUGGUCAUAGUGAUUCUACCUAUGUUUUGGAUGUUCAUCCUUUCAACCCCCGAAUAGCUAUGAGCGCUGGAUAUGAUGGAAAAACAAUAGUGUGGGAUAUAUGGGAAGGAACGCCCAUCUGCAUAUAUGAAAUUGGACGCUUCAAGUUGGUUGAUGGAAAGUUUUCUCCGUUAUGUGGGCAUCAAUAAGUUGCUUAGUUGAUAUUUGAGUUUCUCUUUUGGCCAGAUUAUGUGCAAAACAAAGGUUCCGUAUUUGUAAUGACUUUUUGCUUGACUUAUUAUGCUGAUUGGAUGAGAGAUUUUUAAGGAUUCAAUCAGCAUAACAUCUGUUUAGACUUAAGUUCUGUACUUGGUCAACCAUUGAUGAGAUGUCAAGCAGUAUUGCCCUCUAUGUUACAUGGACUUGGGUAUAGUGGUUGGGUGUAGGUUUGUGUCCAAGUGCCAGAUCCAUCUAAUUCUCAUGUCAAGGACACCAAGACACAUAGUUCAUAUUUGUUAAACACUUCUAUUAUUUUUUAGGAUAAAAUAAUGUUUACAAACCAAAAAAUAUAUUCUAUGUAUAAAAUAAAAUAAUUUUUAUGUAUAGUAAUAUAAUAAAAUAGAAGUUUUAUAGUAAACUCGAUUGUUUAUACAAACUUGUUUGGUGCACCUCCAACUAGGCAUAUCAAAACACACAUCACAUAUCUUUACCCAAGUGUUAAAGUGUCCAACAUAGGUACUUCAGAAAUUGAGAAGAGUCAAUGUAACAUUGGUUGUCUUAUAAUCAUGAACGUAGGCUAGGGCUAAAGUUAACAGGGUUUGUGAUUGAUUGGGUUAAGAUUAGGGUUGAACAUCAGAUUUUUGAAUGAUAUGGCUGAGGUUUAUUAUAAGUUAUUUAUGCAAUUUGUAGGAGUUGUAGGUUUGGAAUGACCUAAUGUUUCGUGCGGCAAAUGAAGUCGGCUUGCGCCGGCGGAUCCUCUUCUUUGGUGGUCGCACGUUUGAGUUAGAGGAGUCUUUGGUGGAUUCUAUACGUCGUCGAAGUCUGUCGAUUGUGGAGAGGUCAGGGGCUCCGACAGGCUGUUGUUUUGGUCGGGUUUGAUAUAUGCUGGCUUGUGAAGAAACUAAUGAUGGCAUUGCACGUACUAGUUCAUCUCUGGUAUCUAGGUUGCCUUAGUGGAGGUAGACGAGUUUAGCAGUGUGGGUUCGUGGGGAGGCCAGAGGAGGGUCUUCUGUCCAAAUAGUGGUGACUGUGGGGGUCUGAAGGGAGCAAGUCUUCAUUCCUAUGUCGGAUUAUGGGGAUGGUUGGGAGGGUUUGGCUUUGGUUAUGGAGGGCUUCAAAAUGGGGGAUGGAUGGGUGAGACGGUCUGUUGGUUUGAAGAGUAGCGAUGGUGAAGGAGGCACAGUUGGAAGUUCCAUCUGGCAAGGUUGAUUCUGAUGGGGACUUUGCGACGCCUUGUACUGAAGUGGGCUGGUUCAAGAUGCUGGACAGAUCUUUGGUGGGUAUGGUGGGGAGACAUGUGGGUUUGGGGGCUAUGUGUGCUUGGGUCAACUGGUGGUGGAAGUCUUCAGGCAAGGUGGAGGUACGUUUGUUAGGGAACCAGGCUUUUUUGUUUGUGUUCUCGUCAAGGCGUGAGGCAGACUCUGAUGAGGUGGCGGUGGACUGUUAAGGGGAGCGAUCUGAACUUGGAGUGAUGGUCGACUUUGGCUCUUUGCGCUUCCAACCAGAUGCCGGCUCCGGAGAAGAGCGUUUGGCUUUGUGUGAUGGGUCUUCCUGUCCAUCUUUGUGGCGACAAGGUGUACCGUGAUAUUGGCGACCGGUGUGGAGGCUUCGUGGCGGCCAACGAGUCAACGGCUGAUCUGGGCUGUAUUCGUCUGCAAGUACGGAGCUCUGAAUCUACGCCGCCACACAUUUUGGUUCGGUGGAGAUCGUGGCCGGUCACUCUUCAGAUGUGGGUGGAGGUUGGGCUGUCAGUGGAGUGUGUGGCAUCAGUGGUAGGGUUGUGUGACAGUGAUGGGUUUGGCUUGGAAUUAUGUGAUUUGAGGUGUUAUCAGGGGGAUAGAGUGCGAAAUUUGGGCAUGAGUGAUUAUCUUCAAAGAUUUGAGGGAGAUUUUAAGGGUAAGGGCAAGCGGGGCAACCUAACCCGAAAGGGGCCCAGUCGGGGAAGGGUUGGUUUUUUGGGCCACGUUGAGGCCUAAAUUGCUGUGGGCCAAAAGGUGGGUCAACAAUGCUAGGUUUUAAAAGAAGGAAAUUUAGGGGUGAAUCGUGGGCUUAAUGUUUUGGGCCAUUUAGGCCAGGUUGUUAGGUCUCCGAGUGGGUCAAGUAGUGGUUCUAGUUCAGACUCGAACCAUUAUAGCUCAGUAGAUCCUUUUGUGUCAGUGGUGGCGAACGACGGAUCUGGGCCUCGAUAGAUGAUUGAUCCAAGGCUAGGAUCCAUGUCGACGACACGAGACAUGGCGGGGGCUGUGGGGUGGUUGUCACCUAAUCUUCGACAGGCCGACGGUACUGAUGUUUUGGGGGUUGUGCCGCGAUCGAUAGUGGGCGAUCUCUGAGAGGUCGACGGUUCUGCUGUUUCGGGGAGAGUGCCGCGAUUUAGGUCGCCGAUAGUGGGCGAGCAUCUUCGGGAGGUGUCGGCUGUUCGAGAGAAGGGUAUCGCAGUAGAGGUGGAGGACACAAGUUGCUGGGCUUGUUUGACAGAGGAGUUGGCUCUGGUGGUUCAGCCAGGGGUAGGGAUCACUGAGAUAGAUGUAAUAUACACUGGUUAAAUUUGAUGGCCUUGCGACAGAGGUGGAUUUUCAGGGUGCUGUUCCUCCGCAGCCUGAGGUGGUCUCGGCCUGGGUGUUAUCUCACAUCACUGGGGUAAGUCAGCUCUUGGGUGUUUCUUUUGAGGGUCAUGAAAUUGAGGCUCUUAAAGUAUUUUCGGCCAUUGAGGAAUCUUGGAGGGGAGUUGCUCCAUUGCAAAAGGAGAUGCCAUCGGGAGGACAUAAUACGAAGAAUGCUAGGGAGUUCCGUAAAUUUGAGUGUUCGAUAAAUUAUGAUCAGCACAAAGGUGGGGACAAUUGUGUUGUCAGAAAGGUCGAGGAGCUCAAUUGUUGUUGUCAUGCGGUUAAAAAUCUAAUUUUGGAAUGUGCGUGGUUUGAAUGAUAGGGAGAAGAGGGUUUCAGUUCGAGCUCUACUGAGAAGUGUUAAGGCGGAUGUGGUGUGUAUUUAGGAAACAAAAGUUGAAUGCAUUGGGAGAGAGACAGUUAAAGAGCUAUUGGGGAGGGGGGACGCUUUGUGGAUUGGACUUUCUUGCCAGCGGUGGAGGUGGCAUGGGAUGUUCUUCUUUGUUGGGAUCGGCGGGUGCUGGAAAAAGAGGAUGAGGAGAUGGGGGCUUAUUCGAUAUCUUGUUUGUUUCAUAGUGUUGCGGAUGAUUAUCGAUUCGAUAGGCCUUCACUGGGGUAUAUUGGCCAGUAAGGGAGUGAAACGGGUCAGCUUUUGGGAGGAGUUACAAUGUGUAGCUUUUCGAUGGGGGGUUUCUUGGUGUGUGGGGGGUGAUUUUAAUGUAGUGCAUUAUAUGGUGGAGAAGAAGGGGGUGACAUCAGUUUCAGGAUCCAUGCGGGCUUUCUCUUUGUUUAUCGAUGAGUUGGAUUUGGUGGAUUUGCCGUUACAAGGUGGUGGUUAUACUUGGUCUGGGGGCAGGGUUAUGUCUCGUAUAGAUAGAUUCCUGGUUACUGGAGACUAGGAGGAGCAUUUCUCAUAGGUGACACAAUUGAGGUUGCAUCGGCUUGUUUUUUUAUCAUUGGCUAGUUUUAUUGGAUAGUGGGGGGAUUAGGAGUGGUCUGACGCCAUUUCGAU